GUCAGUAUUUUGUUUUCAUACUAAUAUGUUCUAUUGAAAGUUUUCUGAACAUUUUCUAAUUUUGUUAAUUAAGAAGUGAUAAGGAUCCAUGCAAAAUGAAAGAUAUCCCAGAAGACGCGCCUCAGCUCCAGCACCGUUUAUACUUAAGCCACUCACGUUCAAAAUCAGAACCAACGAUGGUGGUGCGAGUAGCGACCGACGAGCGGCCGUUCGAGACGCCGUCGUCAGAUGAGAGCGGUAUGGGCCGGAGUGACUCGCCCAGCGACGACGUCGAACCUGAGGCUGCACUGGUGGUGCCACCAGACGGCGGUUGGGGCUGGGUGGUCGUGGUCGCGUCCUUCAUGUGCAACUUUAUGGUGGACGGCAUCAUAUUCUCAGGAGGAAUGCUCAAAAACUCAAUUAGGGAUGAAUUUAAAAUCAGCGAAGGGGAGGUGGCGCCAGUUAAUUCUUUGCUAGCAGGAUUCUACCUACUGGCUGGACCUUUUAUUUCCGCUUUAGCAAACAAAUAUGGCUUUCGAGUGGUGACUAUUGUGGGAAGUAUCAUAUCAAGCGCAGCCUUCGCUGUCUCUUUCUACGCAACCAGUGUGGAAUACCUCUAUCUCGUUUACGGUGUCAUAGGAGGAAUUGGUCUAUGCAUGAUCUACAUGCCAGCUGUGCUAACUGUGGGAUUCUACUUUGAGAAAUGGCGCGCUCUGGCCACAGGCUUGGCUCUUUGCGGCUCAGGAGUCGGGACCUUCGUAAUGGCUCCACUAACGGAUACUUUGAACAAAACAUACGGUUGGAGGAUAACAGUUCUUGUUCAUGCAGGAAUGCUUCUUCUUUGCGUGGCGUUCGGCAGCUUGUUCCGACCGAUUAACCCAGUUCGUGUAACUCUCGCUGACCAAUCUGAGGAGGAAGAUGCAUCACGCCGUCACGAAGAAGCUGUAGAAAAACUCAACUCUAUGCUUAAACUGCACAAUAAAUUUGACUCGGGCAUAUCUAUGCCGCCAGAAAUGAGGUUUACCAACAAAGUAAGCCCGCACACGUGGAUGGGAGUUGCGAAUAACACCCGGUACCCCACAGCCGAAGAAGUAUUCCGAGGUAGCAGCUCGCACUUGAGUCAGUUUAGUAGGAGAUCUUCUGCCACUGCUGGUGCUAUAAAGAAUACCCUCGGCAAUAAACCUCUGUUCAUCGACGUUCCAGUCGCGGAGAAGGAUGAGCAAGAAGACUCCAACAGUAACAUUGACAAUACAGAACCGCUGCUCGAGUCCGCUAUCAAAGUCGUGACCAGACACCCGAACUCUCGCCGCUCACACGCUGAUUUGGCCAGACCAUUCUACCGUGAUGAUAUUUUCUUCGGUGCCAGUUUGACUAGAUUGCCCCAAUAUACUUCGCGUACAUCUCUCGGCUACCAUUUGGCUGUAACUCAUGUCCCGACUAAGGAGGACGCGCAAGAGGAAGAGUCAGACACGUGUCGGGUUUGCCCCGAGGCUAUGAGAAGGGCAUUAGCCACAAUGUUAGACGUCAGUCUCUUCCGAUCACCGACAUUUGUAAUCUUAGCUGUGAGUGGAUUUUUCACGAUGCUGGGAUUCUUCGUGCCGUACAUGUAUGCUAAGCAGAGAGCACUUGACAACCACGCGAAUGAGGCGUCGAGCGAUUGGUUGGUGUCAGCAAUUGGAGUGUCGAAUAUUGUCGGUCGUAUCAUGUGUGGAUUGAUGUCUUCGAUGCCGAAGGUGUCUCCUCUUUGGCUAAACAACAUCGCAUUGUCACUUGGCGGGAUCGCUACAAUGCUCAGUGGCCUCUGCUACCACGAUGCUUACCAGUUUGGCUACACGGUUGUCUUCGGUCUAGCUGUUGCUUGCUUCGCGUCUCUUCGGUCAAUCCUAGUGGUUGAAUACCUAGGCUUGGAGCAGCUCACAAACUGCUUCGGACUUUUCUUGCUCUUCCAAGGACUCGGCGCGUUACUGGGCAAUCCAAUUGCUGGUAUUUUGUACGACCAAACGAAGAGUUACGACAUAUCAUUCUACGUAUCAGGCGGCUUCCUCCUGCUGUCGGCCGUCAUGUGCUACCCAGUGGACAUGGUCAGCAAAUGGGAGAAGUCGCGCAAGAAACAAAACAGCUCACCAAAAGUGUGAUCGGUCAACGCCUGAACGGAAAGUUCACUGCGAUACUGAACUAUAUCUGGGUUGAGAGACAUUGGUGCCAAAAAACCCUAAACAGUGCAUCUAUUCUGGGCUGGGAGUAACCUCCCGAUGUGCGUACGAUUUCUUUGACUGGCAUUCGACGUAGCUUCACUAAACAGCCUCUGCGAAAUGGACUUAAAACUUUGAAUGCGAGCCUUAGACGCCUGGAUAGAUGCCAACGUCCUUUCCUAUCCGUUUACAAAUUUACAAGAUGUACAAAGUAGUUAUAUUGGUAAGGAAAUUACAGUGACGAAGAAACCUGUGAACGAACCUCGAAUAUUAAACUAAAUGUAAAUUGGAAAACAUUCCCGUCAGUGACCCUUUGACAAAACUGCAAUGGAUUGCUAUAGCAAUGGCUCAGAUAAGUCAGAAUAAUGCAUUUAAAAUAGGUUUAGAUUAAUAAAAAGUACAAAGACUCGAAAGUGUAGAUUAUUUCGCAGUUUUGUCGAAGCUGAAACAGACACGAAAUGAUCUGAAGCCAAAAUGUACUUUAAUAUUGUAAAGUACUUAUGUGUUACUUGAAUUAUGUACCUAACUCGUGUAACCUAACCCUUAAAGCGGUGCAUAAUGUAAGACUCUUGUUAUACAUUUUAUUUUAUUUUAAGGUAUUGCAUAUCAGAAUGCAUGAGUGAUUUUAUAUGAUUGUAUUGUAGUUAAUGUUUGUGCCUUAUUGUACGAAGUGAUAUAUUUGUCUACGAACGAUCGUAGUUAAUUUUAUUAAUAUUUUGUGAGAGCCUGUUUGGAUUCAUGUUCCGAAUGCCAUUGUACUCUAUUUACGAUGGCUUUAACAGACUUUUUCUUUAACAUUGGUCGUAACUCUUAGAAUUAAGUGCUACAAUUGUGGCUGUGGUCUUUUAGUAGGUAUAUUUUACGUUGUAUCUAAGAAAUCAUAGUCAUUUGUCUCUCUCAUAAAACUUAAAUCUUGACCUACGUAUUUCUAUAUCAACUCAAUACCUCUCUCGUUUGUGUUGUAGUUUGGAUGUAGAUUUUCUUUUCAUAUUUAACUCUCCGCGCAAUUUUGUUUUACUUUUGAAAAUACUAUAGGUAAUUGUUCAUCUUAAAAUCAAAAACUUUCUAUGAUUAUUCAUAAUAAUUAAUUUAAUAAACAAUUUACGAGAGCCUAAUAAUAAGUUACUAAAUAACUAUUAAUAUUUCCGAGUUUGCAAAUUGUGUAAGUAUUUAUCGAGUUGUAAACUCAUGGAUGGAUUUUAAAUUAGGUAUUUAUUUAUUUAUACAGGGUCCUUUAAAAGGUUGACUUAUCUAAACAAAGACACUAGCCUUACUUUAACAAAUGAUAAAUAAAUUUAUUACUGCGUCUUCGGAGAUGAAAAACAUAGACAUAGACGCUUUUUAUAAAGAAUGAAUCCCAUUAGAAUAUUUAUAUGUAUUAUAUUAUUUAAUCUGGAACGAAUCUGGUCAAUUCUCGUCGAAUUUACUUUUUUUGUAAAUACAUGCAAGUUUUUUGAUAGGUUUGUUGAUAUAGACUUAUUGGCGGUUUAUAUUUUUUGAGUUGCUAAUUUUAUUUAUUGCCAUUUUGGCAAGUAUUUGUUGAUGGUGACUAUGAUUUUUUGUGUGAAUCAAGAGGAGUAUGCACCAUCGCUAUACAAGUUGUGUUGAGCUGCUUGCGAUCUAUCAAUGAUUUAUUAUUGUGCUGUUUAACUGGUAAACUCAAACUAUAGAAAUUAAGUAUCUAAGCAAUACAAAACUUACAUCACAGUUAAUGAUUUUAUUAUUAUAUUCUCUCUUUUUAAAUUCCGUGCAGAUUUCGGUAAUUUAAUACUUAAAUUAUUAAAAUAAAAAUUGAGUGGUAUUGAAAUUGUUAAAAGCCAUGGCUGUUUUUGUUAACGUACCUACACUUACACGCCUAACGAAAUAUUAAAUAUCUAUAUUAUUAUUGUUGUGAAGAUUUAGUAUUUCGUUAAAGUUUAUAGGAAGGUACAUACCUACUAUAAACUAAGACCCUUGGGUGGGUGGGUCUUUAAGUUAUAGUUUCCCAUUGUUGAGCGGUCUAAGGUCUAAGAUCUUGGUAGAGCAAGCAGCCGUCCUCAGCCUUCGGUGAUUUGGUGCGAGCGAGUGAACAUUUGACCAACCCCGAGGUUAUUUUUACUCUUAGCCACAAAAUCGUAAUUGAAUAAACAUAAUUUGUUGACAA